AUGAUGAGCCCACCUAUGGGAAGAGUGUCCUAUCCUGCCGGACAGCCAGUACCUCCACCCCGGAACUAUGAAUGGAGCCACCCGGCUCACCUGCCUCAGGAAUCACUCAGGCGAGACCUCGGAAAAAUGCCUACCUCGGAGAGCCCAGAGUAUGUCAUGGAAAGAAACAGCCGGCGAGCUGCCGAUAAGUCCAGAGGAAGCCCACACUAUUACUCCCAGAGACGGACUUCCAACCGGGAUGAAUUUGAUGGCCCACAUCAGUUCCUGGAGCCCCCCGCCCAGCAGGUCAUCGCAGCCCAGGACAAGGAGCUCCCCGAGCUCCCUACUAAUCUUGAUGCCUCAGAGCAAGACAGCAUUCUCCACAAAGUCAACGACCGUCUAUCCCGAUGCGCCUAUGACUUCAUCGCAAAGUAUCAGUUCCGCGUUCCAAUCGAACAGGACAAAAGACCUGUCAAGGUUCCCUCGGACCGCGAGUGGACCGAGUGGGUGCACCUCUUGAAGCGCCUGGCUACAACACGCCGCAUCCCCGCUCAUCUCUUGUACAACCGCCAAAUCAAGCAGCUCAUCACCGUGCUGGAGAACUCCCUAGAGAUGCGCCACGCUGCCAAGCACCAGUCCAGACCGGUCAAGGAUGACCGCAACGUGCUGCAGCUCAUCUCUGCAGGAAUCCAGGUCGCCAAGAUCCUGAAGGAUUCCAGCGCCAUGCAGUUCCUCGAUUGUCUUUAUGUUGACACCGAGAAGCUGAUUCUGGAUCGACGGGGCCGUCGUGUGAGAUUCGCCAGCACUUGA